CGCCUCCUCCUGCAACAGUGUUAGCAAUCAUGGUUUAUAAUUUUUGCCUCACUGUAAUAUUGAUGACUUCUUAUAUGUCAAGCUGGACUUCUUCUUGAAAAAGUACAGAAUGAUCCGAAUGUAAUGCUAUAUUCGUCGAUUUCUCUCUCACCGUUGAAGCCACGCAUAAUGGCAAGGGUAGGCGGGCAUGUUCCAGGUUCGAGCGCAAGGUGCGAUGAAUGCAGAAGGCGCCGAAAAAAGUGUGAUCUCUUAGAACCGCAAUGCGGGCGCUGUAAAAAAAGUGGGAUCAGAUGUAGUGGUCCUAAGCAAGCGGCGAUCUUCGUUCAUCGUCAUGCCGACUCUUUCAACGCUCACACCCAACGGGGAGCACUGAUCCAAGCAUAUCAGCAACGCGGAGCCACUAUGGAGCAUUCGGGGCAGUUUUUUGAUACUACUAUGCUUUGGAUUCGAUAUUUGCGAUGUCUUCUCGCAGAGCGCCAAUGGUCUUCCUCACUCACCCUCGACGAAAAUGUUGGGCUAUCUUACAAAACCUCCUACGAACUUGUAUAUCAGACACUUCUGAACGACUUUAGGCCUAAAAAUCAAGGAAUCUUUAGUGGCGACCGUAUAGAAGGCAUAGGAACGAAGCACUAUUCGAACAUUGCGACUUGCGUUCGGGCUCUGCUUCCACUCUCAAGCCUGCGUAUUCCGACACUGGACCAUUCGCUGCUCAGCCUCUUGAGCUUGUAUUAUGGGAGCUUGCAUGGUGACGCUGGUUUGGAGGAGUUUGCCUACUCAAGCUACACUAUAGCAUUGGGGCAAUAUUCCCUCCUCCUAAACCGCUUCUUGUCCAAAGACACGGAAGUAUCUACGCCUGCCUACCAAGCGUUUGUAUACAUAUCGAUCUCGAUGCUCAUGUUUGAACACUUAAGAGCGGCGGCGACUCAGAGCGCUGAAUAUCUGCCGCACAUGCAAGGCGCCCUGGCAGCUUUACAGGCCUGUGGACCACAGCCUCUGCUAACAUCAUGUGGCAUGCAAAAGGCAUUCUGUGGUCUUCGUGGCGUUGCAGUUUUCACUGCCAUAGAACAACGAGAGCAGACAUUUUUAGCUGAGCCGGACUGGUUAAACAUCCCUUUCGAGAACGUUAUCAAAUCGACACGCGACCGCUUGACAGACAUAGGAGUACACAUCCCAAACCUGCUGCAGUGUUUCGAUCUGUUUUCCGCCAAUACUACCACUGGGUAUACCGAUCGAGACUUUGAGACCGGAAUGUCUCUGCUUACACAAAUUACCGACUUGGAGCAAAAAUUUGAAGGGUGGCUAUCCGCGCUCGAAACCACAACUUCGGAACCGCUAUACUGGUCCCGCAGUUUGCCUACGACACUUGAUCGCAAACACCAUGACCCUGAAUGUGUGCCAAAAUACUCCAACAAGUUCCAUCAACUUGUCUUCCAUUCGGGGCCAGUUGCUGGUCUACUUGUUCACUACUGGAGUUUCCGCCUACAGCUUGGUAUGACUUCAAUUAAGUUGCAGCAGAGUUUGCUCAGCCAUGUCGGCCAGGUGCCAGAGCUGAUGCUGGUCCAAGAAAAAUUAUCUCAGGACCUGCGGAGUCAACAAGAAUCAGCUGAUAGUACUGCACAGCUUAUCCUUGGAGCAGAGCCGUCACUUAGCAGCUGUUUCGAAGGGUUUGUAUGCCUACAACCGCCUCUUAGAAUUGUGACCAGCUAUUUCGAGAGCUUGAAUCCACCACUGGCGGUCGUCUGAAAUCCUACAAACAUAGACUAUUUUGUGUAUUGGAGUUGAGCACAUAUGAAUAAUAUACAAAGGACUGGGGUUUAGAACGGAAGCAAACAGCUGGUCUCACGAAGAAAACGGACAAGAGGGAGAAACUCUGCUCUAACCCAAGCACUGUGUGUUAUCAAACAGACUGAUUGUUAACUAAAUUCCCAUUCGGAUAUCUUCCAUAUCUAGGCCACUUUUGGUAGCAAGAGCGGAGACCAAUCCUCGUUUCUGAUGUACUGCUCAAUUCUAGUUACCGGGACAUCGAAGUCGAGCUUUGCAAGCGAGAAAAGUUAGUUCAGCAUACAGCAACAUGUGUUUAUUUGUUUUCGCCUGACACUUACUUGUUGGACGGUAAUGAUGGACGGAUCACCACCAUCAUAGCCGAAGUCUUGGGAAUAUGCGUACAUCUCGGCGAUCUCUUCCCCGUACCCCCCUGGUGCGAGUUUAGAGUGCUCCAACACCGUCGUCUUUUCAAAGGUGGCUGGGACGCCUGUGACCUUGCUCCAAAGCUUGACAUAGUCGGACCAGGUAAGUCGAUCACCGAAGGCCAUGAGAUUUGUACCGGCUGGUAGCUUUGUGAGAGCCUUGACGAAAUGACCUGCGUCGGAGGGAACAACGAGAGGGAUUGGAACGUCACCAUUACCAGGGACUCGCAGUAUCAUCGACCCAUCCGUGCGCUAUUUACACGUUAGAGAGGGAUUCUUGGAACGAAAGAUGGAUCAAUAUAAAAACCUUUUCCCAAGGAACAGAGGACUGACCCCAUUUCCAAUUGGUGACAUAUAGGCCCAUCUGGAGAAUCGACAUCUUCUUGGCCAGUUGUGGGUGUACACUAUUGAUAUAGUCGACUACAUGCGCCUUUGAGUCGAAGUGGAAGACGCCCUUAUACUUUCCUCCACUCCAUUUUGUCGCGGCUGAUAAGGAAGACCAAACGAACAAGUCGAGAUUAUCUACUGUGGCGACAGCAUCAGCGAUAUUUUUCCCCUGCUGCAGCUCCUUCUCAUAACACCACUCUCGAAGAGUCUGGCCUGCUGAAAGCUUGGCCACAUGUGCUUCAGCUGGGUUUGAGAAUGCCUCUGAGAACGCGGUGUUUCCAUACACAAUGGAAGCCCCUUGGACAGCAGCCUUGAUGGAGUCGACAUCGUCUACAUCUCCCUUGACUAUUUCAAUGCCCUUGGCAGCGAGAGCUUUGCUUGCAGGCUUAGAAGGAUCUCGAGUAACACCCCUUAUCUUCCAUCCACCAUCGUUGAGGAAGACAUUUGCAACAGAAGAGCCCUGUGGGGAUCUAGUUAGAAAUUGGCUUCCCCGAGGAAACAAAGGCAGGAAUUAAGAUGUCGACGUUCAAUGACAACAAUAAGAAAAGCCAAGCAUACCUCAUUGCCAGUGAUGGCGAUAAUCACAAUGAGUUUUGUCAUAUUGCUAGAAGUUGAUACACAAUAUAUAGGGAUGCAAAUAUUUUGAGCUAUGUGUGUAAUCUUGCUUCCAAAGACAGCCCAAUUUAUAGAAAAUGCUACCCCGCUAGUUCAGAU